GUUCUCUUCUAUAGCGUGAAUGAUUGACUCACGGCGCGCGGCCUCGCCCUCCGUGACGUCACGGCGCAGGCACCGCGGGGCGUCCUGGAGGCCGUGCGCCCUGCGUCAGAGGCUGACUAGGAGGACCAACGCGAGUGGAAAGGGGGAAAGAACCAUGGCUGACUGUGAGGGUCUGAGGCAGGGAGAGGAAAGGGCUGAGAUGCAAGCAGGCGUGAUAGACAGCAGCACCCACGGUGGGCGGAGCAGGGUGCGGCUGGAUGUCCUGAAGUCCCUCCUGAUCAUUUUCGUGGUGGGCGGCCCCGGCUGCGGGAAAGGGACCCAAUGCAGAAACAUGGCCACCAAGUACGGCUUCUGCCAUGUGGGGCUGGGCCAGCUGCUGCGGGAGGAGGCUCAGAGGAGCACCAAGCGGGGCCGGAAGAUCCGGGACAUCAUGCAACAGGGACUUCUGGUGCCCACGGGUCUCAUUCUGGACAUGGUCAGUGACAGCCUGUUGUCUCGUCCAGAGAGCAGCGGUUUUCUCAUCGAUGGCUUCCCUAGAGAGCUGGAACAGGCCAAAGAGUUUGAGCGAAUUGUGGGCAGGGCCCCCAACGUAGUCAUGGUGUUUGACUGCUCCAUGGAGACCAUGGUGCGCAGAGUGUUGCAACGUGGACAGGUGGAGCACCGGGCAGACGAUUCAGAAUCGACCAUCCACAAGCGUCUAGAAACAUACUACACCCUGUGUGAGCCCGUCCUGGCCUUCUACCAGCAAAAGAACCUUCUGCGAAAUAUCUUGGCUGAAGAAGCCCCCGAGAGCAUUUUUGCCAAGUGCUGCUUGGUCAUUGAGAGUCUGCAGUGAGGCAGGAAGGGGCCAACGUCCAUCCCCCACAGUACACAGGACCCAGAGGUUAAAUUCUCGCUAUUUUCUAAGGCUGGCUCAACAUGAAGGAUCCCGGUUUUGGAAGGAAAAAGAUGUGAGAC